CUACUAUACCCCCCUCUGCUAUCCCAUUUUUUCCCCGUUCUCAUUCUUCAACGCCGCAACACUCUCACAAGCGGAAAGCGUCUAAACCUCAGGCGUCGGAUCGCCUGAACCCUUCCCGGCGGCGCGGCGUAUCUACAGUAGACGACGCAGCGAGUCGUCUUCCAGUUACAUCCUUCACGGUAUUUCCUCCCAUCGAGAUUUAAGAAUGGCUUUCUUUAGUAAAGCUGGGAACAUACUCCGACAGACCAUCAGCAAGACUCAAAUCAGCCAUGAGAUAUCUGCAUCUACUCCUGCAGCUCUCCAGUUCUUGCGAUUUAUGUCUUCAAAAGUUUUUGUGGGAGGUCUCCCUUGGAGUAUAGAUGAUUCAAGUCUUGUAGAUACUUUCUCUAAGUAUGGAGAAGUUGUUGAAGCAAGAGUCAUAACAGACAGAGAAACAGGAAGAUCCAGGGGCUUUGGAUUUGUCACAUAUAGGACUGCGGAGGAUGCUAGUUCUGCAAUCCAGGCGUUGGAUGGAAAGAUGCUGGAGAACAGACAAAUAAAGGUAAACUUGGCAAAUGACAGGCCACGCACUUCUGGGGGCGGCGGUUAUGGUGGAGCAAUGAUGGAAACUUUGGAAACGAAAGUAGUGGGGGGAACUACAGUGGCAGUGUGGGUUAUGGCAAUGACAACUUUACUCGCGGCGGUGCCUCCUCGGACAGCCAGGGUGGUUUCUCGAGCGGUCAGUUUGGGGAAGAUGACCAGAAUGACGACUUUGCCAAAAGAGCAUAGGAAGGUGGUCAGUUGAAAAAUAACUUCAAUUCCUAGAUUUAUUGAAGAAGAUGACAUGACCUCUCUUUCACUCCCCUCUUCGUUUCUUAGUUCUGCCAUUAGUGUUUCAAGUCUUCAUCAUUUCGUUAUUGUUAUUUAUGACUACUAUGUUUGGUUGGCUCUUUGAAUUAUGUUUGAGGUUUUGAAAGCUCGAAUGUUUUUUGGUCCAAUUAUUUGGAGGCAUUAAGUUUGCAACCUAGUUAAACUCUAUAACAAUGCAUUUGAUAUGAUUUACCUCUUCUGCCAUUUGUAAAUUAAUCAACUCCGCUUUACCUU